GUGCGAGAAAUCUGUUGCUAAAACAAGUGUUUCUCAGCUCGUUCAGUCAACCAGUAACAAAUUCCCAAUCGCUUAUAAAAUGAAUACAAAGUUCUGUUUGUUGUUUUUGCUCGUUGUAUGCGCUGCUGGUUUUGUGUCCGCGAAGCCACAAGGAGGCUCUGGCUGUGGGCUAAAUGAGGAAUUCACAACCUGCGGCACCGCCUGCCCGCCAAAAUGCAACCAGGGUAGUGGUACGAUCGUUUGCACCCUGCAAUGCAUUGUCGGAUGUCAAUGUAAAACUGGCUAUUUGUUGGAUAAUCAAGGUAGAUGUGUCGAACAAAGGAAUUGUUGAGUGACAAACAAUUAUAAAUUAACUUAAGCAAGUGUUUUGUGAAAAAGGAAGCGAAUGAAAUGUUAUUGUUUGGAAUUAUCGGCUACUGAAUUGUAUUAUAGUGUUAAAAUUUUUAAAUAAUUGGAAAUAUCUAAAAAUGUGUAG